ACCGCCUCCAAAGAGGUUUCCAAUGCCGCUGUUAAAACCGCCUCCAAAGAGGUUUCCAAAGCCGCUGUUAAAGCCGCCUCCAAAGAGGUUUCCAAAGCCGCUGUUAAAACCGCCUCCAAAGAGGUUUCCAAAGCCGCUGUUAAAGCCGCCUCCAAAGAGGUUUCCAAGGCCGCUGUUAAAACCGCCUCCAAAGAAGUUUCCAAAGCCGCUGUUAAAACCGCCUCCAAAAAUGUUUCCAAAGCCGCUGUUAAAGCCGCCUCCAAAGAGGUUUCCAAGGCCGCUGUUAAAACCGCCUCCAAAGAAGUUUCCAAGGCCGCUGUUAAAACCGCCUCCAAAGAUGUUUCCAAGGCCUCUGUUAAAACCGCCUCCAAAGCCGCCUCCAAAGCCGCUAAAAAACGGGAAUCCACCUCCGCCUAAAAGAGCGGCUGCCUGCGAGGCUUCUAUUGCCACACAGGCAAACAGUACCAUGCCACAAAAUACCUUCAUCUUUCAGCGAUAAUUAAA